GUGAAGUUCCUUGAGGGCCGUCUUGGUAUCUGCUUGAGGGGUAAUGUACACAGCUGUGACGAUAACUGACGAGAUUUCUCUUGGGAGGAAAUAUGGCCGGCAUUUGAUUGUAAGGAAUUCUAGGUCGGAGAGGUGUUUAUUUCUGUCGGUGCGAUGCAUGGAGAAUCCCGCUGGCUGAACCGAUUCCGACGACAUAUCCCGAGAGAGCCAUGUUUCUGUGAAACAGAGAAUGUUACAAUCUCUGAUGUCUCUCUGGAAGGCAACCGUUGCUCGAAUUUCGUCUACCUUGAUAUCAAGAGACUGGACAUUGGCGAGUAGUAUACUCGGAAGUCGGAAGAGGUGGGCGAUGUGCAUGUCUACGGAGCCUGACAAGGCCGCUCCGUCUGCUCCUUCUGCGGUGCUGUUUUGGGUCGGCUUCUGGGAUUAGAUCCAUUGGGUGGUGGUCCAAACAUAGGAUCCGCUUUGGGAAAGUCUUAUUCCUGGUCGUAAUGAUGACAGUGUUUCGCAAGGACAAAAUUGGGGGCAGGACCUUCAACACCUGACCAAUCAGUUCCCUCUGUCAAAACCAAUAUCAUUGGCUGUCUUGUUCCAUCAACCAAACCGCAUGCAACAACAAGAGCUGACCAGGAAGACCUGAUGGAGGAAGAUGGCAGGCGCGCGACCGUAGGUGAGGUCUGGAAAGUUUGCUUUCACAGUUUGUAUGAAGUGAUGUUAUCACCUUCGUAUACGAUCGUGUGUGUAACCUUAGCACUAUAUAAUGUUCAUCCCUAUAGUUAGAUACAUCCCCAAAGUUCAUCCAUUGGCUAGUCAGCUCCCGUUAGCUAACUAGCUAGUUAUUUGUCAAUAACAAGUUAGAUUAUCUUUAGCCAGAUCCUACCCCACUACAGUGGUAAUUUACAUAAGCUAAAUUGUGGAUUUAGCUAGUUGGCUAUAUGUUUUCAAAAUGUCACGUAUGAAUAAAAGAUGGCUAAUUGGUGAGUCUGAUUUGUCAUCCCUAGAUGAUACCAGAUCUAGCUAAUCUUCAUGUUUGUAUGCAGAAACUUUUACAUGAGAAUUAUGCAAACAUAGUGUUGCCCACAGUCUUCUAUCUAUCUCUCAUUCUAGAGCAUAGAACCCUGAGUUAAAUGUCAUUGUUCAUCAUUUUUAUUACAUUACAUGUGUUCACGUUGUCUCUUUUACCUAUGAUCACAGCGUUGUUUGAAACACAGCAUAUCUAAUAGUAAAAGUUCUGGUCUAAUUAACUAAUCACCAAUAAUUCCUAUUAGCUGAGAGAUUUUUACAAACUUACAGCAAUUACAUUUUUUUUAAACCAACCCCUUCCCCUUUCAGGACUGCUCUCCAAUAUGUGGAAAAUAAUUCUGAAGAGAUUUCAUACAACAUGAAUGUUUCUGUGGCGAAAGAUUGUCCACAGAGGUGUCAACAUCCUUGAAGGGGGUGCUGUGGAAGGGGGUGCCAAGGAGGGGAGUGCCUCUGAAGAGUGUGUAGCUGGGGCAUCACACAAAGCACCAGAGACUGAAUGGAAGACAGUAGGUCAUCCUUCGAGGGCAGCUGUGCACUUCAGGAUGAUGUUACUCCAGGAGCAAGAAAAAUCUCUGUUUCACCAUGGACAUUCGUGGCAGUGUUUAGGACGGAGAAAAGUUGAUCAUCUGCUUUUACAAGUCCCACAAAGUUGAUUGCGCCCGCCCCCAUUCGCUGCGUAUUAGACGGGGAUGCUGCCGUCGGAGACAGGGUCAAUCAAGACUUCAUACGUUUCGCUGUGCAUACGUUGCAAACAGGCUUCCACGUGAACUAUGGUACUGGGAAGAACCAUUAGACAAAUAAAACAGUUGCGUCGUGGAUGUGGUUCCACUCAUGUUCCCCCGCGUGGCAGACGUUGUGUGCAGCCCUGAGGUGAGAAGGAGAGACAUGGUGAGAUGGAAUAUACUAGUGAGUGUCAUCCACCCUGGCAAACUACUAGGGCAUUGCCUCAGCAUCUGAGAAGAGUAUGAGCCGGAGGAAUCCCAACAAGGUGGCAGGGGACUGUGACAGCUUCCAGAUGGAGAGCAAGGCCCCGGAGCAGGCACCCAACAUGGAGCAGAAGAAUGGCGAGAUCAUGGACUCUGAGGAGGUGGAGAAUGGCAAAUCUGAACCCAUAAACCCUCUGGCUAUGGAUGGGGCCGUCACUGCACCUGAUGGGGGUUGGGGCUGGGUGGUGCUGGUGGCCACCAUCCUGGUGCUAGCCUUGACUCUGGCCUUCCCCUCCUGCAUGGGCAUCUUCUACACGGACCUACAAACAGAGUUCCAGGCCAGCAACCAAGAGACCUCCUGGGUGCCUUCUAUAAUGACAUCAGUGCUUCAUGCUGGAGGUCCAUUCUGCAGUGUAUUGGUGGAGAGGUUUGGUUGCCGGGCGACGGUGAUGCUGGGCGGGGUCCUGAGUGGGCUUGGAAUGGUGGCCAGCUCGUUCACCCACACCAUCACUGAGCUCUACGUCACAGCUGGGAUUAUCACAGGACUUGGAUUCUGCUUCAGCUUCCAGCCUGCGGUGACUAUCCUCGGGCACUAUUUUGUACGGCGGCGGGCUUUUGCCAACGCCAUGUCAUCCACGGGCACGGCUCUGGGCCUGUGCACUCUGCCCCUCCUAGGCAACUACCUCCACACUGAGCUGGGAUGGCGUGGGAGUUUCCUGGUGCUGGGGGCUGUCUUGCUCAACUGCUGCGUAUGCGGAGCUGUGAUGAGGCCCCUGGGGGGCCCCAGACACCGUGGCCAGCCCCUGAUAAACCACAGGUCUCUUCAGCUGAAGGAGGAGAAGCUAAAGGGGAGAAUGAGGGCCUUGUGGGCCGGUCUGAUGACUGCCCUGCGUCGUCACAUGGCCUUUGACCUCUUACGUAACAACCUGCGCUACCGUAUGUACGUUGUGGGCAUCACCUGGAUGAUGCUAGGCUUCGUGGUGCCGCUGAUCUACUUGGUUCCCUACGCCACGGCCCACGACAUGGAGCAGAGCCAGGCCGCCCUCCUCCUCUCCAUCCUGGGUAUCGUUAACAUCGUGGUGCGGCCUCCCAUCGGCCUGCUCUUCAGCCUGCCCUGGUUCAAGGGGUGGCACACCUAUGUGUUCUCUGCUGCUCUGCUGUUGAAUGGGCUGAGUAAUAGUAUCUGCUGCAUCGAUGCCAGCUUCCCCGUGCUGCUGGCGUACGUGGUGACCUACGGCCUGUCCAUGAGCGUGGUGGGCUCGCUGAUGUUCACCGUCCUCAUGGAUACGUUGGACAUGAGUCGCUUCCCCGCUGCCCUGGGCCUGCUCGCCAUCAUGGAGAGUGUCACGCUGCUGAUCGGGCCCCCUCUCGCAGGAAUCCUGGUGGACAGAACGGGGGAGUAUUUCUACGUCUUCUUCGCCUGCAGUGCCACUGUUGCCUCAUCGGCUGUAUUCCUCAUGGUGUCUUUCUACUGGCUGGACAGAAGGGACAGGAGGGCGCUAAAGGAGCAGCAGGUGCCACCUCAGGUCCCUCCACCAAAGCCGGCCAGUGGUAACAAUUUGAUCCCCCAGUGCCAGUACCGCAGUGUGCCCACAGAGGGGGACAAAGACAAGGCCCCAGACUCCGAGACAGGGGACGUCACCCGCCUGUGAACAUCGUCACUGUCCAAACACACAAACCAAACUCAGAUGUGUACUUCCCGCGAUUCUGUAUAUCGAUUGUGUAUCCUGUGUUGCUGAUAUUAAAGUAGAAGUGUAUGCUAAUUUAUUUCCCAAUCUGUUAGGAUCUGACAUUCCAUUUAAUCGUAGUGUACACACUCUUGACUGUUAGAGUAUUGAUUGCAAAGGGGUUGAAUAUUUCAUCCAAUGGGUGAAUAUUACAUAUAGGAGUGGAUUAUUCGUUGCUAUUACAGUCUGCACUGUUUAUGCAGACUAGAAAAUACUGUUACUGGUGAUUGAAUGCAGUACUUUUUCACACAUGCCAUAAACCUUAAACCUGUGCCUUUUCCCUCACACCCUGUUACACGUUCAAGAAGACAUGCCACCUUAAGAAUCACUCACCACCCUUCAAAAAGCAAUGACUGUGCAAAAGACACGGCCUUUGUACAGACAAUCAAUCAAAAUAAGCAAAAUAAACAUAUUCCAUUUCCUGUACAUACUACACCAGAAGAAACCUCAACUGAAUGAUAAGUACUGUACCAGUUUAUUUCAAUAUCAAAGACUGAUAUCAUUGAUUGAGCAUAUCAAUAUCAAACUCUUAAUCUCAAGAAAUUGUACAUUUUAUGACCCUAAACACAUUUGUUUAUGAUUAUUUUCAUGUCUUGAUAUGUUCAUUGUGAAACAGAGUUAGACAACAAUCAGUAGCCUACUGAUAUGACUGAGAGUGGCUUGUGUAAAAGCACAGGAUGAGUCACUAGGACAUGGGUGCUUUUCAUUGUCAAAGACGGAAGCAAGUACUGUAGCUGUUAGAGAUUUAUGUUACUUCUCCACCUAUGAGUAUUUAAAGUAUGGACUGUAAUUCAUCACAAUAUUACUCUAAGGAACAUACAGUCACAUAUGUGGCAACAUACUUUAGGCCAGGGUUUCCCAAACUCAUUACUGGGCCCCUCACCUGGGUGCACGUUUGUUUUUUUUCCCAAGCAGCUGAUUCAAAUAAUCAAAGCUUGAUGACGAGUUGGUUAUUUGAGUCAGCUGUGUAGUGCUGGAGAAAAAAACAAAACGUGGACCCAGAGGGGGCCCCAGGACUGAGUUUGGGAAACCCUGCUUUAAGCUAUGGCUCCCUUGCAAUAGGAAUAUGUAUUUUUAUAUAAAGGGCUAUUGUUUCUUGCACUGGGGCCAAAUAAUGAAAUGUUUUUUUCAUGUGAUUCAAUACAUUAUUUAUAUAAAAUAAUUAUGGAAAUUGUAAUAAUUGUAAUCCUAAAUAAACAUGUUUUUAAUUUUGUG